AUGGCGGCGGGAGUAGCUGCAUGGCUCCCCUUUGCCAGGGCAGCAGCAAUUGGCUGGAUGCCUGUAGCCAACUGCCCCAUGCCUGUUGCCCCGAGAGACCACAGUAAGAGACAAGACGAGCUGAUCAUCCUCAACGUCAGCGGCCGUCGAUUUCAGACCUGGAGAACCACUCUGGACCGUUACCCAGACACCCUGCUGGGCAGCUCGGAGAAAGAGUUCUUUUACAAUGAGGAAACCAAGGAGUACUUCUUCGAUCGGGACCCUGAUGCCUUCCGAAGCAUCCUCAACUUCUACCGGACGGGGAAGCUACACUACCCUCGCUAUGAGUGCAUCUCAGCCUACGAUGAGGAGCUGGCCUUCUUCGGCAUCAUCCCUGAGAUCAUUGGUGACUGCUGCUAUGAAGAGUACAAGGACCGGAAGAGGGAGAACUUAGAACGGCUCCAGGAUGACCAGGAAGAGAACAAGGACAUGAGGCUGCCCAACAUGAACUUCAGGGAGACCAUGUGGCGGGCCUUUGAGAACCCCCACACCUCCACCAUGGCCCUGGUCUUCUACUACGUCACCGGUUUCUUCAUUGCCAUCUCAGUCAUCACCAACGUGGUGGAGACAGUGCCCUGCGGCGCCACUGCCAAUCAGAAAGACAUGCCAUGUGGGGAGCGCUACACGGUGGCGUUCUUCUGCAUGGACACGGCCUGCGUCAUGAUAUUCACUGUGGAGUACCUGAUGCGUUUGUUCGCUGCGCCUAGCCGGUACCGUUUCAUGCGCUCGGUGAUGAGCAUCAUCGACGUGGUGGCCAUCUUACCCUACUACAUUGGCUUGGUGAUGACCAACAACGAGGACGUGAGCGGGGCCUUCGUGACGCUUCGCGUGUUCCGAGUGUUUCGUAUCUUCAAGUUCUCCCGCCACUCGCAGGGCCUGCGGAUCCUGGGUUAUACGCUGAAGAGUUGUGCCUCCGAGCUGGGCUUCCUCCUCUUCUCCCUCACCAUGGCCAUCAUCAUCUUCGCUACAGUCAUGUUCUACGCUGAGAAGGGCUCCAGCUCCAGCAAGUUCACCAGCAUCCCAGCCUCCUUCUGGUACACCAUCGUCACGAUGACUACACUGGGUUAUGGCGACAUGGUGCCAAAGACAAUUGCGGGGAAGAUCUUUGGCUCCAUCUGUUCACUAAGUGGGGUGCUGGUGAUCGCCCUGCCCGUCCCUGUCAUCGUCUCCAACUUCAGCCGCAUCUAUCACCAGAACCAGAGAGCAGACAAACGCCGCGCUCAGAAGAAAGCCAGACUGUCCAGGAUAAGAAUAGCCAAGGCAGGCAGCUCCAACGCCUUCCUCCAGAGCAAACGCAACGGACUGCUCAACGAACUGCUGGAGCUGACGGGUACAGAAGAGGAUGAGCAGAAGCUGACGAAGAACACCUCUCUGUUAGAGAGCCAACACCACCACCUACUGCACUGUCUGGAGAAAACUACUGCCCAUGAGUUUGUGGACGAGCAGAUUUAUGAGCAGAACUGUUUAGAGACGGCGCUGCAGAGCUACCCAUCCCGCAGCCCCUCUGUCUCCAGUCACGACGGCUCACUGGGCACCUGCUGUAGCCGCAGGGUGAAGAGGAACACCCCUCUGCCCAACGCCAGCGUGCCCCCUGCCCACCCUGUCCCGGCGCACCAGGGCCCCUUGCAGGAGCUCAGUGCUGUCCACAUACAGUGUGGCGACCCGCCGUGCCACACCACCAGUCGCUCCAAUCUCAACCUGAAAACUGAUGACAGCAGCAGGAUCAACUGCAAGAGCGGCCAGAUCACCACGGCGAUCAUCAGCCUGCCGACGCCCCCGGCCUUAACCCCCGACGGCGACGGCCUCCACGGGCCGCCCCAGCGGAGACCCCCCCCUCCUCCAGGUCACCCUCCAGCCCCGAGCAUCCAGACCACGACCAGCUCAGCUGGCACCAACAUCGUCAAAGUCUCUGCUCUGUGA